AUGACUCUUGACAAAGCAGAGACACCCAUUGAAAAACCUGAGGCAGAGUACGCAACUGAGGUCAACACAAUCAACAGAGACACCACCCUCGUCACUUCAAACAAUGAUAGUGAUUGCUAUUUUGAGAAACCAGAUGAUGACUGGUCUGAUGUUGAUGAAAAACAAGUUUUAAAGAAAAUUGAUUGGCAUUUAUUACCUUUAGUCUCUGUUUUAUAUCUAUUGGCUUACUUGGAUCGUGGUAAUAUUGGAAAUGCAAAGAUUGAAGGUUUGGCUGAAGAUUUGAAUAUUGAUGGAAAUCAAUACAAUAUUUGCUUAACUGUGUUUUUCAUUACUUAUGCAUUAUUUGAAGUUCCAUCUAAUAUGUUGUUGAAAAAAAUUGGUUCCCAAAAGAUUUAUAUCCCUUCAAUCAUGUUGGCUUGGGGAAUUGUCAUGGUUUGUAUGGGUGUUGUGCAAAACUAUCAUGGAUUAUUAGUUACAAGAUUGUUGUUAGGAGUUUUCGAGUCGGGACUUUUCCCUGGAUUAAGCUACGGUUUAACAAGAUAUUACUGUAGAGGUGAAUUACAAUUUAGACAAGCUAUGUUUUAUAGCGCUGCUUCAAUUGCUGGUGCCUUUAGCGGUUUAUUAGCUUUUGCAAUUGCCAAAAUGAAUGGAAUUGGUGGCUAUGAAGGUUGGCGUUGGAUUUUCAUCCUUGAAGGUUUAUUGACUGUGGCUGUUGCUGUUUUAGCCUUUUUCAUUAUGCCUGAUUAUCCAGAUACUGUUAAAUUUUUAACUACUAGGGAGAAAGAAUUUGUUCAUUGGAGAUUAGCAAAUGAUAAUAAUUUGAAGAAAAAUGUGAAUGAUUCUACAACUGAUAAAAGACAUUAUCAACCGGAUUUCAAAAAUUUUAAGGAUGAAGAUGAUAUCUCACUAAAAGAAUCUUUGAUAAGAUCUUUAAAAGAUUGGCAGUUAUAUUUACACAUAUUGGUGUUUUAUAGUAUUGCAACUCCAACUUAUUCAGUGGCUUUAUCAUUACCUUCUGUUAUUAAAAACAUGAACUAUACAAGUUCAAUUGCCCAAUUAAUGACCAUUCCAAUAUAUGUGACAGCUUCAAUAUCCUCAGUUAUACAAGCAUAUUUUUCUGAUAAGGCUGCUAAUAGAUCUUUAUUCAUUGGUGGGAAUUUGAUUGUUGUUAUAAUUGGAUUUGCAAUGGCUAUUGCUGGUCAAGAAACUGAUACACCAGGGGUCAUUUAUGCUGGUUGUUUUAUUGCAGUUAUUUCUUUAUACUCAUCUUUUUCAGGCUGUAUUAUUUUCUGCGGGAACAAUUUGGCCAAUUCAAAGAAGAGGGCUGUUGGUAUGGCUGUUCAAAUUGGAUUAGGAAACUUUGCAGGAGCAUUUGCCUCAAAUUUCUAUAAACCUGGAGGGUUCACUUUGGGUCAUGGUUUAUCUUUAGGAUUUGCUGCUAUGGGAGUUGUCUCGUGUAUAAUAUUGGUGAUUGGUUAUCAAAUUAUUAAUAAAAAGAGGGAACAAGAUUUGAAUAAUGGGAAAUAUGAUGAAGUUACCGAUCAAGAGUUUUUCAGAAUGGGUGACAAAUCCCCAUAUUUUAGAUAUACCUUAUAA